CGAUGGUUGCUGCGAGCUUUGCUAAAAUUCAUCCACGCGUCAAAAUCGUGUCAAGUUUAUUUUAUGUGUAAAGAGUCCAAUUUGCAUCAUGUUCAAGCGGUUCAAGUCUUUUCGGCAUUUGUAUCGGAGGAUGUUCAGCAGCCCUACGGACGCGGAGAAGGAGAAGCCCGAUAGAAUUGGGAAUCCGAACGUAGACACCGUCGCUUCGCAGGCCAGUCCGGUGCCGACACCCCCACCGGACCCUAUAAGGCCUAUGCCACAAAUACCGGAUGCAGAUGUACCGACUGCAAAGAUCUUUGUGGCAUUGUACGACUAUGAUGCACGCACGGACGAAGAUCUCAGCUUUAGGAAGGGAGAGCAUUUGGAAAUACUGAACGAUACCCAGGGUGAUUGGUGGCUCGCGAGAAGUAAGAGGACUAGGCAAGAGGGCUACAUCCCAAGUAAUUAUGUUGCCAAGUUGAAAUCCAUCGAAGCGGAGCCAUGGUACUUCCGGAAAAUCAAGAGAAUCGAGGCUGAGAAAAAACUGCUGCUACCCGAAAACGAUCACGGAGCCUUCCUUAUACGAGACUCGGAGAGUCGACACAACGAUUAUUCACUCUCGGUUCGCGACGGAGACACAGUGAAGCAUUACCGUAUCCGUCAGCUGGACGAGGGUGGCUUCUUCAUCGCGAGAAGGACGACCUUCAGGAACCUGCAGGACCUCGUCGAACACUACAGCAAGGACGCGGAUGGACUCUGCGUGAAUCUUUGCAAGCCGUGUGUCCAGGUUGAGAAACCCGUAACCGAGGGCCUGAGCCACCGCACAAGAGACCAAUGGGAGAUCGAUCGCUCUUCCCUCAAGUUCGUGAGAAAACUCGGACAGGGCCAGUUCGGCGAGGUCUGGGAAGGCCUCUGGAACAAUACCACCCCGGUUGCCAUAAAGACCCUCAAGCCAGGAACCAUGGACCCGAAGGACUUCCUCGCCGAGGCGCAGAUCAUGAAGAAGCUGCGCCAUGGAAAGCUGAUCCAGCUCUAUGCGGUUUGCACUAUGGAGGAGCCCAUCUACAUCAUCACCGAGCUCAUGAGGAACGGAAGCCUCCUGGAGUACCUGCAGGGUAAAGGCCGCGGCCUGAAGCUGCAACAGCUGAUCGACAUGUCCGCCCAAAUAGCCGCUGGAAUGGCCUAUCUGGAGUCGCAGAAUUACAUACACAGAGACCUGGCGGCCCGCAACGUCCUGGUGGCCGAUGGCAAUAUCGUCAAGAUCGCCGAUUUCGGACUGGCCAGGCUCAUCAAGGAGGACGAGUACGAGGCGAGAAUCGGGGCCCGGUUCCCCAUCAAGUGGACGGCCCCUGAAGCCGCGAAUUACAGCAAGUUCAGUAUUAAAUCCGACGUUUGGUCCUUCGGCAUACUUCUCACGGAGCUGGUCACUUACGGAAGAAUUCCUUACCCCGGCAUGACCAAUGCCGAGGUCUUGCACCAGGUCGAGCAUGGAUACCGAAUGCCGUCGCCCCCUGGGUGUCCAACCGCCCUCUACGACAUCAUGCUCGAGUGCUGGAACAAGGACCCCAUGAAGAGGCCGACCUUCGAGACCCUGCAGUGGAAGCUCGAGGAUUUCUUCACCAUGGAGGGCUCCGAGUACAAGGAAGCUUCCGCGUACUGAACCGCCCGCAGAGAAUCUCUUCGGCCGUCUUCGUGCGCCAACGCGAGGUGAUAUUCAUUGAUUGCACGUCCGAGGGGACUCCUCGGGCUACGGGGGAAGACCUGCCGAUCGGCAUGUCACACAUCGAAGUACCGGCGAUAAGGAUGAUUAUUAUUCAAUCGAGAAGCUACGCAUCGGUUCCACCGCGUGCCGAUAGUCCAGGUGGAUGGGACUUUAAAGACGGCGAGUCCGUCUAUCGAUGAUCCAGAGAUUCCGGUGCAUUCGGCUAUGAACGCGGCGUGCGAGGAUGUCGCGUUCAUAAAUCGCUUAUCGAUCGGCUAUUCUUAGAUCGAUGCAUCGCCUUGAGGCGCGGAUGAUAAGCGACUUGAUCGAUGUAGGCAGUGGCGGCUAGUCGGUCCUUUAUAUGCCAUUACGUUUCUUUUUUCUUUUUUUUUUUCUUUUAUAUUCCUCCACUUUCCAAUAUUCAGACGCGCUUGUGCCGCAGCGCGCGAGGACGUUGCACUCGUCGGUCCCUUGUACGAAAUUUGACGACCAAGGGCCGAUGACGAGCAUGACUUUAGAUUUACUCCGUAGUUUCUGGAUACCGAAGUGCGCGGGGAAUCGAAUGACGGUGAUUCGAAAGUUUAAAAACGUUGAGCGCAGGUAAUUCUAUCGGGGGAUGAUGUCCUCGACGAUCGCUCAAACGGAUAAAAAAUGGAAAAUAAUCGAUGCGCCACGUCGAAGUACCGGCGAUAAGAGAUGUAAUUGACGUAGAAAGCCGUACUUUGGCGCCUUUUCGUGGCUGCCAGUUUUUAUCGGUGCACCUUUGAGUAUUUAUAUUUACGGUUCGAGGGCUGCGAGAGAACGAGAGACAAUUAGAUCGUACGGUGAUAUCGCACUUGUCGGGUUAUCUCGGAAUCCUCGAGUGCUAUCUUUUCGCGGAAUGCCAACGAAAUCACUCUUGAUGGGCAGCGCAUGAGCUCGAGGUAUUAAAUCCUGAAAGGAACGCGAUUUUUUCGGGAAUUUUCGAGAAUGUUCGAAGCGCCUUUAGGCCUUGAUCAAAUCUACAAGCUGGCUCGUAGCUUCGCUAAUACUUCGGUCGAAUACUUCUUUUAUAUUUGUCGGAGGGAGGUUCCUCUCUGCGUGGACCGGAAAAUCUCACUACCGAUAGAACGCAGGAAGAGAUAUCGUAUCGUAGUUUUAUCACGUCAGUCGAGAAUAACGCUUACCAGCAAACGGGAAUACCAUGUGGUUUAUGUACUUCCGUUUUUCGCAACGCCUCGUUUCUCUCUCUUUUUUUUUUCCUUUUCCAUGUGACCAACCAAAACCAACGAUACUGGUUGCCAAAUGCUUACGAGCUCGACGAUUCCGAACAGGAAUGAGCAUAUUUGUAUUCAAUGGAUACUCCGUUUUAUUAUUUCUCUAAUUUCUUCUCGGUCUUAAGGAGAAUAUGAAAACUCUAUUAGGUAGCCGAUUAUUUAGGAAGUUAUUUAGUCAUUUACAUUUUUAGCUUACUCAGAAUUAUGUAGUUUAAACAAUGAUUUACGGAAUAAUCCAUAGGUGUAUGUUUUACAGCUAUUUUAGGAUUAAUUAGAAAAGUAUGCAUUGAGUACAGAUUUUGUCAUUUCCGGGUUACUCGAUUUCUGGUACACCCGUUGUCAGGGAAUAAUUGUGCAGGCGAUCGACUCGUAAUCGUUGAUGGAAAUACGUUUUAUAUUAACAUACCAUUCGGUCUUUGCUCGGUGUUAAGUGUCAGUAGUGCUUCCGAGGAUACGCCACUUGGCGAGUAAUUGUCAAUUUCAUCGAUCCGUGUCUUUUUUUUUUUUUUUUCCUAAGCGUAUCGAGUACCACGUACCACGGGAAAUCGCACGUUUCACUUUCGUUUUCGAGACUUUUCCUUUCUCUAUCCUGACCAUGGCUGCCAACGUUUUUUCGAUGACUUUUAUAGAUUCCUCCGUUCCUUUUCUAUACGAAGUUAGGAAAAGGAGAAAGAAAGCUAUUCCUACCAGGAAAGGCAUUUGCGAUACUUUUAUGUUUUUUUUUUUUUUCAUCGCGUUUACUCGGAGAAAUUGUUACAAAUAUAUCCGAGCUACCGUGCUCACGGCAGACGAGGUUCUCCAGUAGAUUUCGCACAAUCGCGAUCGAGUUGAUUAAUUUUAUUGUACAUACAUAAAUAAUCGGAGAAUCGAACUCCUUGAUGAGAGACUCACGGUGCAGUCUGUUUUUCUUUUUUUUUUUUUAAUCAUUUCUUUACCUUUCUUCUCUCGAAAUCCUUGAUGAUAUUAUUAUUAAUGAAAUUGAUGAGAGAAUCCGUGGAGGGGAUAACGAUUGACGAAUUGUGUUGUUAACACGCGAAUUGUAAUCUGUAGAAAUUGCCGUCGAAGGAUUCGUGCUUCCAUUGCCAUGGGGAGUGAGUCCAAGGUUCCAGUGAACAAGAAAGACAAUGUUAAAUUAAGGGAAAUGUUUGUCACCCGAAAUAUUGGAUCAACUUCGAACAUUCCGAAGGAAAGCUAUUUUGCCGGUAUUUUCUUUUUUCUUUUCUCUGACCCGGAGACGCCUUUUCGACCUAGCUAUGUCAAAGGGAAGCUCAUCGUCCCGUCGAGAGACGGAUUCAAAACUAGCCUGUACAUUUAAUUUGCGAAAUGCUAAAUGUUAUAUCUUCGAAGGAUACGUGUAAUGUUCUAGCCGUAAUGCGAUCUAUUAAUUAAGCGAAUCGAGGCACGCUAUUGGCCUGGUGUUUUUGGCUAUUAAUCGUACGAGCGUUUUAACUAAGGAAUGUCUAAAUGUGUCGUGGGCGAUCGCGACAUAAGUUUCCGAAAACUUUGGUAUUAUAAAUGGGUAACUUCGUUAAAAGGGUAAUCAAUGUUCAUCGACGAAACCGUUCGGCUUCCGAAGACUGAAAAUCUCGGAUUCACUUUGUCCGCAUAAUCGCGAUCCCGCAAAAUGCGCCGUUGUCCAAAAUUAUGGGGGAGAGAGAGAGAAAAAAAGAAAAAAAAAAGAAAUAUGUAUACACAUACCUGUCGCGGUACACUUCCUCUUUUUUUAUAUAUAUAUUUUGUACUCUUCCAGGUAAUCGAUCGAUUGUAUAUUAUAUACAUAUAUAUAUAUAUUGUUGCCACGGCUCACCGUCAACGUCGUUUUGUAUCGUUUUACGUCGGACGUAAGACGGGUGGAGGGGGUUUGAAAUUUUCUCCAGAAUCAAGCCUUUUCGAGUAAUUUUUACACGGAAUAUGCCCAGAUUCCGACUUCAAUGACUUUUUUUAGCAUUAAGGCGUUUCCUGUCGCGAAUGACUGUCGCAGGGAGCAUGUAUUUUCGAAACAUACUUGUUCUCGGUCACCUUACUGAUUAAUGGCGAUGGGAGCAGAUUCCUUUUCAUUUUUUUUCCCUUCCCGAAAAUUCCGGCCGAGUGAGACAAGCUAAUUUCGGAGUAACUGAAAUUCUCUUCCGGACGUUCGAACUUCCAGGAAGUAUUGAUUCCCAUCGCUAUUGUCGACGAGUUUUCUGGGUUGUAGAAAAGCAGGAAAUACAGCGAUUUUGAGUGGAAUAUCGUAAGCAGGAUGAACGAAUUGUGAAUAAAUUUAGGCCGGGCUGCGAGUCAGGCUCGAGGAGCUUUGCCUCGUGUAGCCGGUUUUACAGACUUGGCAAAGAGUCUUGCGAACGCGAAUCGCGGCUUCUUGUACAGAUUUUCUCCCCGUAGACGAGUGGGAAGCUUAUCGUAAAUCUUUUACGCGGCUAAUUGCGGGGCCCUCGAUAUGGCGAACCGCUUUGUCAGGGCAGUUGCGAAUGCGGAACGAAAGCAUUUUACACUUCCCUGCCGGGACGAGGACGUCAGGGCGAAAUGUCGGGGAAGAAAUUGCAAAAGUAUAGUGCACAGCCCGAGCUCCUCCCGUGUCGAUUCGGUGAUGCAUUUUAUCGACGAGAUAGUUGUAUAUAAACAUGUAUUACGGGCUCUUAGAUGUGCCGCGAGUAAGGAUAAGUUGUAAGAGAAGUACUGUACAACUUAACUGGUUAUUUCAUCGCUUUGGUGGAGCAUCAAAUAAAUACCGUGAAAGCGUGA